AUGAAGUUCUUCUUUGCUCCUCUUCUCUGCCUCGUGGCAACGUCCGCGUCCGCGUUGACGAUUCCUGUCAAUGAUACACUGGUCGAGAACAAUGGACUGGAGAAGCGAAACCCGGUGAUUGCGCUUGGGCUGUUCAAUGAACUGCUUUCGGAGGCCGCCCUUGUGACGAGAGCUCUGGAAACUGCAUUAUGUGCAUCUCCACUCAGGGCGGCGUAA